UGGUUUAGUUUGCUGUCGCGUGUUAAUCCUCCCGGUUUUAACCACCGUCGUUCUUUUUAACGUUAUUUUAUUCCGUCGUGUUUGUGUGAAACCGGAAGAGUAACGCUAUGCAGUCCGCUUGCUCCCCGCUCUCCGCGAAGAACCUGCGGCAUCUCAGCGGUCCGAUGGACGUCGCGUCGCCGGACAAGGAAAACACGCCUCCGAGCCAGAGCAGCGCCCGCGUCCCGGCGUCCAGACCGGCCCGGAAGGUUCUCACCGACGUCUCGAGCUCUUCAAAGGAAGAGGAACCUCUGCUGAAGGAGAACCCGCGGCGCUUCGUCAUCCUGCCCAUCCAGUACCACGACAUCUGGCAGAUGUACAAGCAGGCAGAGGCCUCCUUCUGGACGGCCGAGGAGGUGGAUCUGUCCAAGGACCUGCAGCACUGGGACUCCCUGAAGGACGAGGAGCGCCACUUCAUCUCUCACGUCUUGGCCUUCUUCGCCGCGAGCGACGGCAUCGUCAACGAGAACCUGGUGGAGCGCUUCACAAAAGAGGUGCAGGUUCCAGAGGCCAGGUGUUUCUACGGGUUCCAGAUCGCCAUGGAGAACAUCCACUCUGAGAUGUACAGCCUGCUGAUCGACACCUACAUCAGGGAGCCCAGCCAGAGGGAAUACCUGUUCAACGCCAUCGAGACUCUGCCGUGUGUGAAGAAGAAGGCCGACUGGGCGCUCAACUGGAUCGGCAACAAGAACGCCGCCUACGGUGAGCGUGUGGUGGCCUUCGCCGCCGUGGAGGGCAUCUUCUUCUCCGGCUCGUUCGCCGCCAUCUUCUGGCUGAAGAAGAGAGGCCUGAUGCCCGGCCUGACCUUCAGCAACGAGCUCAUCAGCAGAGACGAGGGUCUGCACUGCGACUUCGCCUGCCUGAUGUUCAAGCACCUGGUGAACAAGCCGUCGUCAGAAACCGUCAUGGAGAUCGUAAAGAACGCCGUGGAGAUCGAGCAGGAGUUCCUGACCGACGCUCUGCCGGUGAAGCUGAUCGGGAUGAACUGCGACAUGAUGAAGCAGUACAUCGAGUUCGUGGCCGACAGGCUGCUGCUGGAGCUGGGCUUCUCAAAGAUCUACAGGUCUGAGAACCCCUUCGACUUCAUGGAGAACAUCUCUCUGGAGGGAAAGACCAACUUCUUUGAGAAGCGAGUGGGAGAGUACCAGAGGAUGGGCGUCAUGUCAGGAACCACAGACAACACCUUCAAGCUGGAUGCUGAUUUCUGAGAAGUCAAAGUUUUUAGUUCUGAUGCUACCUCUGCACCAGUGCAUGCUGGGACAAACACAGUAUUAAUUCAUGCCAAGCACUGGUGACUUAGUUUGUAACUAAACCUGUUUUAGGGUUUGUUUUGUGGUGAUAAUCUAGAAUAUCUAAUUUAUUACUGUAGGUUUAGCAUAUUUUUGGCUUUUAUAGUAUUGUUGAACUUCAAUAAAGUACAAUU